AAUGGAAGUUAUUAAGCCACAUGAAAAUUACGACCAAGAUCCAGCUCAGAAAGUUAUUGCAGUGAUGAAGAAUUAUGAGAUCAGAGAAGAGCUGUUGACUGGGCUUAGUUGAGAUCCUGGGUUUAAUAGGUUUUGCAAUGAGUGGAGAGUAUUUAGAUGGGAUUUAGAAUGCACAAGUUCAAAUUCAGGUGCUAUACAUCAGCCAAAUGAUUUGAUGAAUAGGCUAACACAUCAGCAAGAAUUGAUAGAGAAAAUGAAGAUGCCUUACUUAAAGUGGGAGGAAAGAAAUCUUUUGUCUGGAGCCAAAGAUUUGCAGUUAUAGUAAGACAGAGGUACAAAAAUAUUGGUGGAGGAUCCCUCGGUUUUACUUCCAAAUCCUUUCUAUACUUGAGCACUGAAAACUACAAAAAACUUCGGCUUCUCAAGGAGUUAUAAAACUGACAAUCCGAGAAUGAGAUGACUUACUUAUCGAGUUUGAUAGAAAAAGCAGAGCCAAUGUCAGACAGUUCUUACAUAAAUCUUUUCCUAAACAAGCUGCAAAAUUUGAACUCAUAAACUCUCAAGGACUCGAAGACUAUUCUAAGAAAAUGAGCAUCAGACAUUUUAUGGCAGAAAUGCGUCAUAUUUCUAGGAGAGUUGUCAACACAAUUGCUCUACAAGGAUUUGCCAUCUCUCAGCAGAAUUUCAAAAGGAUCUUAUGUUUCUGUGACAAACUCAAAGCUCUUGAUAUGAGAAAAUGCAGAUUAGAGCUGGAUGCCAAACUUGAUCUCAGAACGGCAUUACAAAAAUCAUCAUUGAGGACACUAUCAGUAUGCUUUGCUGCAUCCAACUAUGGUUGAGACCCUACUCCCAGACAACUGAACUUGCACUACUUGGUGUCUGCAUUAGCACAAGCGGAAAGGCCAGAAACCAAAUUGAAAGAUGUGUAUGUGCACAAUGUUGGCAUCACAAAAGCUGCAGAGCAAGACCUGAUCGGAAGAUAUCAGCACAAUUACUUCAGGAUCACUUGUAUUGGGCAUGCUUUACUAGUUUAAAAUUCUGUUUCAAGAUAUUU